CAGCUGCAAAAUUGCGACGGUCCCUUAGCAGACUAGACAACACCCGAAAGAAGACAUGGAUGACUGCUAGUCGACAUGGAAACAUGUCCCUUCGUUUGAAGAGCUGUACGACGCGGACGCCGUUCCCCCUACGAGAUGAGCAGCAAACGUGAGCGGGAGCAGAAGCGAAAACUGCAGCACUUCCUGACUGACCUGGCGCUGCUGGGGUCUCUGCAGGGCUUCAGGUACUUCCAGCCGUGGCUGCGCGGGAAGGAGGAGCUGCUGCUGACGGUGGUGAACGAGGACCCGGGGCGUCGCUCUCCGGGCUUCGUCGUGUCUCGGGCCUCCUCGGGCUCCUCCGCCGCCAGCAGCACCGACGGCUCCCCCAGCAGCAGCUCCGUCAGCGUGGAGGAGGGGGACGGCGGGGACACCCGGCCCGGGACCCCCGGAGAGAUCUGCGCGUCGAGGAGCGCCGAGGCCCAACGCGACGGACGCGGGGGUCCCACCUGUGAAGACCACCUUCUCCCAGCCUCACCCAGCGAGCGAGAGAUGGCCGUGCCAGAAGUCAACUGCACGCUGUUCCUAUUGGCCGGCUAUGCCAAGUACGGCCGGCCCUACGCCUGGAUCCGGUCCAAUCACGAGCGCCUGGUGAACAUCGGGGGCGUGGACUCAAUGGUCCGGGACACGCCCAUGAAGCUCCGGUCCAUCACCGACUGGCAGACCCAAGAGGUCCGUAUCUGGGACGUGGUCAACGAGCUGGUGGGCCUGUGCACUAACCCGUCGCCCUCCAACCCCUUCGCCCUGGACGUGCGCUACGUUCAAAACCUUCCCCUCCCCGAGAGGUUCCUGGUGUCGGGGGCACUUCUCAACUUCCUGGAGACGUACGUGGUCCACGGGAACAAAGACGAGCUGCACUAUGACCGAGUGGUGGAGGAGGUGAAGCCGCUGAGGCGUCUCCACGUCCAGUCCUUACUGGAGUGGCAGAAGUCCAGAACCGGCACCGGACCCCUCAGCCCUCCCACAAUGCAUCAGUCCUACAGCGUCCAGCCGUCCCCACUCCAGCUCUGAUGACUGUAGAAGAGCCUUUCCCGCACUGUUUAACCUGAUUGACGUUGUUUUUUGUCUACGAUUAUGCAGUCAAAUUCAGAUUUGUGUUACAUGCAUGUGUCACAUGCUUUGAAAAAGGUUUAAAAAGGGAGAAUCAAGCAUUCUGGGGAAUAAUCGGUCACAUGACAGGAACCCCAGGACCUCCUAGGGGUUCUGCGCGACCGUCUAAACCUUCCCUUCCUUUAAACACACAUUUUGUUUUCCUGAAGCCAAAUAAAACGUAAUGAUAACAUCCCAGUCCGAAAA